AAUUUUGUUCCUUUAUGCGAGGACGAACGAUCCGUUUUUUGAUGGCGUGAAUAACUCGUUGGAGUUAAUGUUUUAUUCCUAGGAGGGAAUUAAUUAUAAAUGCUGGGGAAUUUCUGGAGUGUUUAAAAUUCAGGACUUUAUGCGAUAUUUUUACCUGCUGUUUCCGCAUGAUAUGACACAAUCCAGUGAGGUGUUGGGUGUGAUGGACCCACCAACGACAUUCGGUCGUGAACGUGUCUACACGAUCUCAAGAUGCGGUGCAUUUUUAGCCAGUGCACUAUUUAUCAUUGGCAUAGUUGCUACUGGACUACUCGUUUAUCAUUUUGCACCAUGCAUUGAUGGUAGAACAGGAAGGAGUAUGAAUGGUUUUGAGGGCAGUGCACUCCUGAAAUCAGCGCACUCAUUCGCAAUAGCUGGGACCAAUAAGAAGAGAAUUGAUGUCAGAUUGCCGAGAUCAGUUGUGCCUGAUUCUUAUGAUAUCAAAUUGAUGCCAUUCAUUUGGGAGGGAAAUUUCACGUUCAAUGGAGAGGUAUCGAUACUGAUGAACGUUACGAAGGACACGAAGAACAUAACUCUUCAUGCAGCAGACAUGAAGAUUCUGCAAAAAGAAACUACCCUGAAACAAGUCUAUCCGAACAGCACGAUAUCAAAGUGGUUCAAGAUAUUGGAUCAGUCCAAUGACACUGCCCGAGAAUUCUAUAUCCUAAAAACUGGGGAAAUCCUCAAAGCCGGUCAACAGUACAUUGUGAGUUUGAAAUUCGUCGGCUCGCUCAACGAUUACCUUCAAGGAUUUUACCGCAGUUCCUACACAGUUGGCAAUCAAACGAGAUGGAUAGCGGCAACGCAGUUCCAAGCGACUGAUGCACGACGCGCCUUUCCUUGCUUCGAUGAGCCAGCCCUCAAGGCCAAAUUUCAAAUCAGCAUUGCUAGGCCAAAGAAUAUGACAUCUAUAUCUAAUAUGCCGAAGAAAGGCGAAUCGGAGCCAGCCAAGGAAAUGCCAACAUACGUUUGGGACCAUUACGAACGCUCCGUCCCGAUGUCAACCUAUUUAGUCGCAUUUAUCGUAUCUGACUUUGAAGUCCUGAAUUCGCCAAACAGCAAAUUUGGCGUUUGGGCGCGUCAAGAAGCAAUUAAUCAGUCUCGCUACUGUCUAGACAUUGGUCCACGAAUUCUCCAGUACUACGAGGACUAUUUCAAGAUCAAAUUCCCACUGCCGAAGAUCGACAUGGUGGCACUCCCCGACUUUUCCGCGGGUGCUAUGGAGAAUUGGGGCUUGAUAACUUAUCGCGAAACCGCCCUCCUCUUUCAAGAGGGCGUUUCAACGAAAAGUAGCCAGCAACGUGUUGCCACGGUAGUUGCUCAUGAAUUAGCUCACCAGUGGUUCGGCAACUUGGUAACCCCAAGUUGGUGGACUGAUCUCUGGUUAAACGAGGGCUUUGCAAGUUAUGUUGAAUAUAUCGGUAUGGAUUCGGUGGAGCCUGAAUGGAAAGUUCUCGACCAGUUUAUCAUUCACGAGUUACAGAAUGUUUUCACCCUCGAUGCUCUCGCUUCUUCCCACCCCAUUUCUAUUGAAGUGGGACAUCCCGAUGAAAUAGGUGAAAUUUUCGACAGAAUCUCGUACGGAAAGGGUGCAUCGAUAAUUCGUAUGAUGGAUCAUUUUCUAACGACCGAUGUAUUCAAACAAGGAUUGACGAAUUAUUUGAAUGCCAAAGCCUAUCAAAGCGCUGAACAGAAUGAUCUGUGGGAAGCCCUGACUAAGCAAGCACACACAGACAAAGUUCUACCGGAUGACGUUACCAUUAAACAGAUUAUGGAUACAUGGACGCUACAAACUGGUUUUCCAGUGGUGACGAUAAUCAGGAAUUACAAAACAGGUGGAGCGCUUCUCUCGCAGGAUCGCUUUCUCAUUCAGAAUAAUACUGCUGAUGUCCCUGGAUUUGAUGCAUUGUGGUGGGUACCAAUAACUUACACGACGGAAGCGUCGAAGGACUUUGCAAAGACCCAACCGUCCCAUUGGAUGAGGGCCGAGAAAUCUGUGACCCUCGAUAAUUUAGGAGCCGCUUCCCAUCAAUGGGUCAUCUUCAAUAUUCUGGAGACUGGAUAUUACCGAGUCAAUUAUGAUAAGACAAACUGGCAGUUGAUUAUAAAGUACUUGAAUGGAGGAAAUUUCAAAGAUAUUCCUACCAUAAAUCGAGGCCAACUGGUUGAUGAUGCCUUGAACUUGGCACGUGCUGGAAGAUUGGAUUACACAACGGCCUUGGACGUGACUUCGUACCUCGCUAAUGAGACCGAAUAUGUUCCAUGGAAAUCGGCAUUAACAGCGCUGAGCUACUUGGAUAAUAUACUCACAAAGUAUCAGGGCUAUGAUCGUUUCAGGGUUUAUGUUCUUAGACUUCUUGAAAAUAUUUAUCGUGAAAUUGGAUUCAAGGAUAGCCCUGGAGAUGCUCAGUUAACAGUAUUUGCGCGCAUUGAGAUUCUUACUUGGGCAUGCACAUUUGGUCACGAUGAUUGCGUUAGAAAUGCCAUUUCACAAUUCCAAAGCUGGCGUAAUUCACCGAGCCCCGACACCGACAAUCCCAUAUCACCAAACUUGAAGAUCGUUGUUUACUGCACAGCUAUUCGUACUGGGGGACAGGCGGAAUGGGAUUUCGCGUGGGAGAGAUAUCUUAAGACAAAUGUUGGCACGGAGAAGGAUCUCCUGUUGUAUGCACUUGGUUGUACACGUGAACCGUGGAUCUUGAGUCGUUAUCUUGAAUGGGCAACAACUGAGAAUAGCGGAAUUAGGAAACAAGAUACACCACGUGUUUUUGCCGUUGUUGCUGGUAAUCCUAUUGGGCAGCCUCUUGUCUUCAGUUUCCUGCGGAAUUACUGGACGAAACUCAGGAAAUACACUGGAGCUUCCCUUCUAGCUAUUAAUAGUAUCGUCAAAGCGGCGACGAAGAAAAUUAGUACGAAAUAUGAACUUAAAGACUUGCUGGAAUUCGCCCAAGAGCACAGUGAGGAAUUGGGGAGCGCAACGCGAGCUGUCCAACAAUCAGUAGAGCAUGCCGAAGCCAACAUUAGAUGGUUAGAACGUAAUUACGCAACAAUCAGGGACUGGCUCCUCAAAAAUAAAGCGUGAAUGAACGUGUUAAUUAAUAAUUGAAUUGAGCCAUCAAAUUUUUAUCGAACGAAAGGACAAACAAAUAAUUGAUAAGAAUACUAAAGUCGAGCGUGUUUUAUUUGCUUGACUUCUGAUAGGUAUUAAUGAGGAAUCACAGAUAAGCUGGUGUCUAAUGCUCGUAAGAGGUCAAAUUGAAUGUUUUUCCUUUUGUAUCUACUUGUAAAUAUCAUGUUAAGAGCAUUUUAGAUGUAAGUAUUUAAAUUGUUGUCAGAACUGGCUGAUUUCUCUGACUUGUUCGAGUAUGAUCUCUGAACGUUCAAUUUUAAUGUUUUCAUAGUCGAUCUAAUUUUUGAAAAAUAUUUUUGAAUCUCAUAUUGAUAAUGUCGUCUGAAUACCGCACAAUACUGGAUUUUUAUAAAUGGAAGAGUUAUUAUUUUGAACAUUUUACUCUGUUCCACGUAUUCUACAGUGUUGAAAAAUAUUCAAGUCCAUUUCUUAACUCGAAAUUAUCGUAAUACUUACAAUAUUCAUUCACUACAUUCAAUCAUCCGAAGACAAUGUUAUUUUAUAUAUUUUUUUCAUACAACGAUAUCCUAAGAGAUUUUGAUCUUCCAGUAAUAAAAUUGUGUUAAUUUCUCAGAAAA